GUCUGUGUCUAUGUCCAAUCUUCACUCUCGUGUGAACAGUAGUUUAGGACGAGUCGACGCGAGUUUGUGAUUAGAAAAAAAUAAUAAUAAUCGUUUGAAUUUUUUUUUUACUUUAACCGUAAUUCGUAUACAUAUAUUUACACGUAUAUUUAUACAUAGAAUACAAUAUAAUAAUUUAAUAAUUUGAUACGAGUGUUUUGCAAAAAAAAAAAACAAUUUUUUUUUAAUUUCGAUCGGUUUUUGUUUAUUUAUUUAUUUUUUUAAUCACACGCGUUGUUCGCCCGAAAACUAAAUGUCACUUGCGCACCGAGUGUACGGGUUUUCCACUAAAAGUCCGCCGGCCGCACCUAUAGUGUAGUGGUUCACAGUCGAAAAUAUUGUCCAGCCGACACAUCAUCGGAGACAGCCAAUCGAACUUGCUUGUGUGCGAAAAUUCAACCCCGUCAGCGAGCGCGCGUCAACGAUGACAGCCAGCCACAAGACCGCCGCCACCGUAGUCGUGCUGUUGCUGGCCUGUGUACUCAGUGGUCUAUGCCAAGAACAAAAGAACGGUGAAGGAUUCAAAUGCCCAGAAGAAUUCGGAUACUAUCCACAUCCAAAUGAUUGUUCCCAGUAUUAUGUCUGCGUAUUCGGUGGUGCUCUUUUAGAGUCAUGCACUGGAGGUUUGAUGUACAGUCAUGAACUACAAACAUGCGAUUGGCCUCGUAAUGUGGGAUGUGGAGUUGAGACUUCAGCUACCCAACCUGAUAACCAAGAAAACGCAUUGGCUUUGGCUCGGUCGUCUGAUCGUCAAAGACAUCCAUCAGCACAGCCUCAAAGAGCUACUCCGUCUAUAUUUAAUCAACAUCAUCAAGUUCAAGAUCAACAAGUCAAUGAACAACUUGUAAAACAACAACAAUUAUAUGAAGAAGAAGACUUCAGAGCAAUUGAAGAUGACAGUGAUAGACAACAAAGAGUAUAUAGAGGUCAACCUUCAACAUUGGGUCAAGUAGCUAGAGACAGAGAUGGCAUUUCUAAACAUAGAAAUAUUAUACCGCAAUUUGCAGGUGUAGAAAAAAACAAACAAUUUCAAAUCCCAAAUCAAAAUUACAGAAACGAUACGAGCAAAAACAAUGGUAAACAACGUCUUAAACGACAGACUCGACAGAGCUACAGCGGAAUGACAAGACCAAGACCAACUGAGAUGACGAUGUCAACAACAAACUAUGCUUUGCGCAAAUUACCAAAAGACUAUCGGAUCGCCCCCAAAUCUUCAUCAUAUGUACCUAUAACAAACACAGACAACUCGAGACAACACAAACGAUGCUUGUAUGAAUCAAAAAUAUACCCGGGACUUAUGAUCCCAUGUCCUACUUCGCGAUAUAGAAUGCCUCCUUAUCGUCAACAAUAUGAAGAAAAUGAUGAUGUUUAUGAUCAAGUAGACGAUGAAAACCCCGGAAAAAAUGAAGAAAUUGAAGAUACAGGAGAUUAUCCAGAAAAUCCUGAUAACCAAGAGAAUCUGCAGAACCAAGAAGAAUAUGAAGAAGAAAACUCACAACCACUUAAUGCUGAUGAACAAUUUGAACAAUUAGUAACUAGAGUGAGAUGUAAAGGUAAAAACUGUAUUCAAAACAAUAAUAAUAAAUAUACAAAUAAAGAAAAUGAAAGUCAGGAAAAUGAAUAUGAAAAUGAAAAUGAAAAUGUAAACGAAGAAGAAGAAAGUCAAGAAGAAUCUCCUGAAUCUAAUGAAGAAGAGCAAAAGCCUUUACAUAAACCAAAACCUAAGCCAAAACCAAUUCCCAAACCCAAAGUAAUUAAUCCCAACCUUCAUAAACCUUUAGCAGUAGUCCAUAAUUACCAGCCAGCAAAUUUCACAAAAAUUAUUAGUAGAGAUAGUGAUGGUGUACCUGACAAAAAUCAAAAUAAAGGAUUUGCCAAAGAUCAAGAAGAAGAAGAAGAAGAAGAAGAAAAUAGUCAAGAAAGUAGACUAGAGAAUAUAGAAGAAUAUAAUGAAGGAGAUGACUUACAAGAUGAUGAAUACUAUUAUGACGACGAAGAAGAAUAUGAUCAAACACCAAAGAAACCCAAAAUACCUCAAAAAUUAACUAAUAUAGAUGAUAUGAAAUUCAAAGGGGAUGGAGAUGAACCUUCAGAAAGUAUAUCUAAAAAUACUGUGCUAAAAAAUGUUUCAAAAACUAUUGAUUUACAUAAGCCACCUAAUUUCGAAUUGACUCAAAUACCACAAAGACCAAAGCCUUAUGAUUCAGCCGCAGAGGCUUACACUCGAAUAAAGGACAAAAAUAAACCCCAAGACCAACAAGUUAUGCAAAUGGCUAUUCAUGAAACUACAGUUGCUUUAAAUUUAGUUGAUGAACAAAAAAAUAAAUACAAAUUGCCAACUAAGACUGACACAACAACAGUAUCGGCUAAAUAUAAGCCGAGACCAACUAUUCGACCAAACAUUUUAAAAAGACCCCAACAGAUUUCUGUUCCGUCCUAUGCUGUUGAACAGACUGUACAACCUAUAACCACUGCUAAAACCACUACUUCCACUAGUAACCGUAAUGGAACACAAUAUGAUCCGGCUUUUUAUAGUAUUUAUGAUGACGAUUCUGAAAUCUACAAAGAUGUUGAUUAUGGUCAAUUUACCUUAUCAUCAGUAAACAAUAAUAAUAAUCGAUUAAAACCUCAGCAUCAACCGCAGCUUCAGCCUCAGCCACAACUUCAGCUUCAGUCUCAACCUCAGCAAGAUACCUUUAGAGUCCCUGCACCUUUGCAACAACCCACGCCAAGAUACCAAGCUAAUACAUAUGUACCAGAGUAUAACCUUAAGAUCACUGAAGAAGAAGCUCAACGAGAGCAACAGACCAAAGCAACCUACAGGUCAACAGUCGUCGGUGUAAGUCCCUUCGUACCGGACCGCUCAAAGUUUAAGUUCCCCGAACAGACUUCAUCUCCCUCAAGGUUUACAUUUCCUACAUCAACACCUAUAACCUCCACGUUACCUUCUACUACUCUUUCAACAAUUCUCUCAUACCCAUCAACCCCUUCAUUAUUUUUACGACCACCGUCACCUCAAGGAAGCUAUUUCUGGACAACCACGUCCACUACCCAAAAAUCAAAACCUACGCCUCCAGACUUUAGAAUAAUCGUAGAUCCUUACAAUACUACGCAAUAUGAUGUUACCACACAUCGCGGUACUGUUAAAACUACACCAUUCAAAGUCAGAACCACCCAAGCUCCAACUACCACUUCCACUACACCAAGUACAACUACAACAACGUCGACAACCACAAUUCGAUCGGUGGAUUUCGAUCAAGAGUACGAUGUUGUAGUUGAAGAUGAGGGAACAGGCUAUAUUGAUGAUAAUUCAGUAGAAAAAACUAGUACAACGUCCUCAACUACUAAAGCCCCACUAAGGUCGUCAGAAUUUAAAAGUACUAAUGAUUAUUCAAGAGUCAAGAGCGGUCCGAGUAUUCAGCCAGUCACGGUGCCAGCACCCACAAGCAAAACAGUAACAGAAUGCCGAGAGUGCAACGAAAAACCAUCAAGAGGCAGAGUGCGUGGAGGUGCAACAUAUACGACAGCAAGCAGUAAUGAUAUCGACAGAGGAACUCCUGCAGUUGGAAGAACAAGACCAACAUUAAAGCCAUCCACGUCCAUAGUCAGUAAGGCUUCAGAAUUUGUAGAUGUAUACAAAUAUGCACCAACACGGCCUGAUCCAAUUUAUCCGACACCACAACCCGAUAAGACUGCUGCGAAAUGUCGCAAAGAUGUUUGUCAAUUACCAGACUGUAGUUGUGGAGGCAAAGAAAUACCUGGCGAUUUGGCACCAGAAGAAACUCCGCAAAUUGUCUUAUUGACUUUUGAUGAUUCGGUAAAUGAUCUAAACAAAGGACUUUACACCGAUUUAUUUGAAAAGGGCAGAGUAAACCCCAAUGGCUGCCCAAUAAGUGCUACUUUUUACGUAUCGCAUGAGUGGACAGAUUACAGCCAAGUACAAAAUUUAUAUUCCGCCGGUCAUGAGAUUGCCUCGCAUUCAGUUUCACAUAGUUUUGGUGAACAAUUCUCACAAAAGAAAUGGACAAAAGAAAUCGUUGGUCAAAGAGAAAUACUAUCCGCUUACGGUGGAGUCAGACAAGAAGAUAUACGAGGAAUGAGAGCCCCAUUUUUAGCUGUAGGAGGCAAUAAAAUGUUCAAAAUGUUGUAUGACAGUAACUUUACUUAUGAUUCUUCUAUGCCAAUUUACGAAAACAAACCUCCUAGCUGGCCAUAUACACUUGAUUAUAAAUUAUUCCACGACUGUAUGAUACCACCAUGUCCAACCAGAUCGUAUCCAGGAGUAUGGGAAGUCCCUAUGGUUAUGUGGCAAGACUUGAACGGAGGCAGAUGUUCCAUGGGAGACGCUUGCAGUAAUCCAUCAGAUGCAGAUGGAGUACAAAAAAUGUUAAUGAAGAACUUUGACAGACAUUUCACUAGUAACAGAGCUCCAUUUGGAUUGUUUUACCAUGCGGCUUGGUUUACACAACCUCACCAUAAAGAGGGCUUCAUCAAAUUCUUAGACAAUAUCGUGAGCAUGCCAGAAGUUUGGAUCGUCACCAAUUGGCAAGCCAUUCAAUGGGUGAGAGAUCCCACAUCAAUCUCAAGAUUACAGUCGUUCACACCAUUCCACUGUGACUUAUCGGAGAGGCCGAAGAAGUGCAACAAUCCAAAAGUGUGCAACCUGUGGCACAAGUCAGGUGUAAGGUAUAUGCGAACAUGUCAGCCAUGUCCAGACAUAUAUCCAUGGACGGGAAAGACUGGAAUCAGGAGCAGUCGGAUUGACGACGGUAGCGAAUAAACCAAUUAUCAUCAAUAGGCCAAAACGAUCUAGAAUUAUUAUCAUUAUUAUAAUUAUUAUUAUUAUUAUUAUUAUUUUUAUUACUAUUGUCAAUAUACAUUAUAAAAAAUUAUAAACAUGUGACCACUUUUUCACAUCGCAUUUUGGCACGACGUUGAAAAACUGAUUACAUGUACAACAUGCAACAUACGCUCAAUACAAUAGUAUUUCAACCACUUUUCGAUAAAUUUUUUUUUACAAAUUUUGUUUAAAGAAUUAAAGUCAUUUAUAAUAAUUAUAAUUCUCAAUCCUCAAACAAUCGAAUAAAUAAUAUUGUAUGUGACCUUUUAUAGGUAUUUGUAUUAUUGUUUUUACUUUAACUUAUUAAUAUAAGUUUUAUAUAAUAAGUAUACAUUUAAAUAUAUAAUAUAUAUAUUAUGUAUAUGUAUAUAUUAUAAUAAAAAAUCAUUUUGUAUAGUAA